CCAGCUGUAAGAUGUGCCCGGCUGGGUUCUACUGCCAGACAACACAGCUGGGGGGCAGCGUCGUACCCAAGCUGUGUCCUGCCGGUCACUUCUGCCCACCGGGAAGCAAGAAUGGAUCGAAGCAAAGAUGCCGACGUGGUACAUACAGCCCAGACCAGCAACUGGCAUCUCAAGAGGAGUGCCGGCCGUGCCCUGCUGGAUUCUACUGCGCGGUGGAAGGCCUUACAGAACCGUCCGGGCGCUGUCUGCCUGGGUAUUGGUGCAUCUGGGGUGCCCAGGUCUCAAAUCCGACCGAUGGCGUAACAGGCGCCGUGUGUCCGGCCGGGAGGUUUUGCGAGGACGGAGACGUGUCAGGUGACUGCCGGGCUGGAUACUUCUGCGAUGUCCGAUCGUUCCGCCAUGACCAAGCAAUCUGUCCACCUGGAUUUUAUUGCCCUGAGGGGACACCGUCUCCUGUGCCCUGUGACAGUGGGACCUAUGCUCCUCUCAGCGGCAACGUGUCACCGGAGGACUGCCGGCCGUGCCUGUCUGGUCACUUCUGCAAUGGUACGGGGCAGGAAGUCUGGCAAGGUCUGUGCUCCACUGGAUUUUAUUGCCCUCCUGGACAGAUCUCCCCCCGGCCCUCCGCUCACCGAUGUCCAAGUGGCUUCUUUUGCCCUGCGGGGUCUCCAGCUCCGGUUCCCUGUGAAAGUGGAACCUACCAGGCUUUGGAGGGAAGAGAGAGGUGUAACACUUGUCCUACAGGGUUUUACUGUGACCCCGAUCCUGACAGUUCUGGAGUAUCAAUGCCAGCUCUCUGCCCGGCUGGGCACUACUGCCCAUCGAGCACCAGUUUCAUCUCUGUGCUUCCAUGCCCGGCUGGAACAUAUGGACCCAAGACUGGAGCUUCAAGUAAAUCUGACUGUGAGGCCUGCCCAGCAGGAAUGUACUGCUCAUCCGAGGGGCUGCACAAGCCCACAGGCUACUGCUAUGCCGGAUACUACUGUUCCCAGGGGGCUGUGACCCCGAUGCCAAUAACUCCACGGGUGCCGUUUGAUGUACAAUUCCCACAGAACGAUAUCUGCCCAGCUGGCCACUUUUGCCCUAAUGGAACCCGGUCGCCAGUUCCUUGCCCUCCGGGGUCAUACUCUAUGGCUGCAGGCCUCAGUGCCCAAGAGGAGUGCCAGCCUUGCCCACCAGGACAUUACUGUGCCCAGCCUGGACUGUCCGACCCAUCCCAGGCAUUGCCGUGCUCCGCAGGGUAUGUCUGUAAGGAAGGCAGCUCCGUCUCCUGCCCCUCAGAUGACGUUCACGGCUACCGUUGUCCGGCUGGAUUUUACUGCCCCAGCGGCACAAGUAUCAAGAUCCCUUGUGAUCCUGGGACAUAUAGCCCUAUGCCUGGGGCAAGUAUAUGCCUGCCCUGCCCUGCUGGGAGUAGCUGCCUGCAUGUGUCCACGGUGGAGCCGCUCAGCUGCCCCCGAGGUAGUUACUGUCCAGCUAUGACCGCAGCACCUAUUCCGUGUCCGGCCGGCACUUUCAAUCCUCUAGAAGGGGCGCUGACGUCUGCCUCCUGCAAGAGGUGUCCGGCAGGGAGAUACUGCCAUGGGGAGGCCAACUGGGAGCCUGACGGGCUGUGCUCUGCCGGCUACUACUGUGAAGGAGAAGCUGCAGACGCCAUCCCCCAGAAGACUUCUCUCUUCCCGCUGAACGGCCCCUGUCCUGCUGGUCAUUACUGCCCGGAGGGAACACGCAAUCCCAAGCCUUGCCCUGUCGGCACUUUGAAAAACACAACAGGGUCACUUCUGCACUGCUGGGUCGCCCCACCCCACCCCCUGCCCCACUGGGCAGUUCCAGCCAAACACUGGCUCUGAUUCCUGCAUCCCUUGCCAGCCGGGAUUCUACUGUCGGGAAGCAGUGGCCGGGCACCCACAGCUCUGCCCACCCCACUCCUACUGCCCUGCAGGGGCGCUCUUUCCAUUACCUUGCCCAAAUGGGACCUUCACCCCUGUGGAAAUGAGUGGUCUACGAGAAAAGGGAGACUGCAUGCCCUGUCCUCCAGGCCAGUAUUGCAGGGGAGGUAAGCUGCAGGGGCCCUGUGCAGCCGGUCACUUCUGCCUGUCCGGCAGCUCGGAGUACACGCCCUACGUGCAGAACUUCAGCCGCAGCUUCCCGACGGAGUGUCACUGGGGACAGAUGUGUGCCGGGAUCUGCCCGCCUGGUUUCUAUUGUGAAGAGGGCACCGUGUUGCCGAAACCAUGCCCUGCAAACACAGUGAGGGGUUCCCCGGGAGGCAGGCAGCGGGAGGACUGUGGGCCGUGCCCGUUGGGACACUGGUGCAUAGAAGGGAACCCUGUACCCAUGCCGUGCCCUUCUGGCCAUUUCUGCACUGGAAGGAAUCAGACCGAUGCCAGUCACACAGCAGGACCACAGGAGUGCCCUGUUCAUACCUACCGUACUCUUCCAGGGGCAGAAAGAGAAGGAGACUGCCAGAUCUGUCCCCCUGGCUAUUUCUGCAGAA